AUCGUUUCUUCCUCAGUGGCAGUGGAUAGUGGACACAGAGCGCGCACACAUACCCACAGAGAUUUGCACUCUUUUCACUUCAUCGUGAACGGGAAGCGAGCAUACAAUAGACUGAAACCCAAAUAAUGGCCUGUUCUACAGCAGCGAGGAGGCAUCGUCGUCCACUCUUCACCAUCCUGGUCGCUCUCUCCUUGCUGCAAGUAUCCGCGAUGAUCGUACCCCUAGACGAGCAGGAAGGCGACCGGGUGGGUCUCCUCCCGGGGCAGCCGAGGAGCCCUGCCGUCUCACAGUUCUCGGGGUACGUCACCGUGAACGAGCGCAGCGGGAGGGCGCUCUUCUACUGGUUCUUUGAGGCUCAGACGUCGCCGGCUGAAAAGCCGCUUGUGCUGUGGCUCAAUGGAGGUCCUGGCUGCUCGUCGGUGGGCUACGGAGCAGCUUCGGAGCUGGGGCCUCUCUUGGUCAAUAGCAACGGGACCGGAUUGGAGUUCAACAAGUUUGCGUGGAAUAAAGAGGCCAAUCUGCUGUUCCUGGAAUCCCCCGUUGGUGUUGGCUUCUCGUACACAAAUACUUCCUCUGACCUAGAAAACCUCGACGAUCGCUUCGUCGCCAAUGAUACCUACACCUUCCUAGUGAACUGGUUCAACAGGUUUCCACAGUACAGGAGCCAUGAUUUCUACAUAUCAGGAGAGAGCUAUGCAGGCCAUUACGUUCCACAGCUUGCAGAAGUGGUGUAUGAGCACAACAAGCACCUUGAAGCGAAGCAGCGAAUCCAUCUGAAGGGAUUUAUUGCCGGCAACGCAGAGACUGACGAUUACUACGACUACACGGGGAUGGUCGAGUUCGCCUGGAGCCACACAGUCAUCUCAGACCAACUCUACGAGCGAGUAAAAACCGCUUGCGACUUCAGGCUCUCGCCCACUUCCACGGAAUGCGGCCAUGUAAUGGACCUUCUAUACCACACGUACGAUGAGAUUGACAUCUACAACGUGUACGCGCCCAAGUGCAACACUGACGAUGGAUCAGCGCCACUGCCGUCGUCGUCGUCUAGUGCUGAUGACAGCAGCGCAUCGAGCAAGCAGCAGUCCAAGAGGCGGUUGAGGAUGUACUCGGGGUACGACCCGUGCUACUCCAGCUACGUCGAGACCUACUUCAACAGGAUGGAUGUUCAGAAAUCACUCCAUGCUAAUACCAGUGGACGGAUCAGGGACAGAAGGUGGAGCCUCUGCAGCGACCCAGUUUUUGACAUCUACGACAUGGAGGUCUUCUCUGUUCUUCCGAUUUACUCCAAGCUUGUCAAGGCUGGACUCAAAAUUUGGGUCUACAGCGGAGAUGUGGACGGCAGGGUUCCGGUUAUUGGAUCCCGCUACUGGGUAGAGGCACUUGGCCUUCCAAUCAAGUCACAGUGGCAACCAUGGUAUUUAAAAGAUCAGAAUCCAUGCAUUGGUCAUUGGUAUCGACAUGAUGUUAAAGAAAGUCAUUACAGGUUGCUGGAAGGUAUGUUGAGUACGAAGGGCUGACCAUGGCCACUGUGAGAGGAGCAGGCCAUGCAGUUCCUCAAGAUAAGCCAGCAGAGGCACUUGUGCUGAUCAAAGCCUUCCUUUCGGGGACACAACUUCCAGCAAAAAAUAACUGAGGGCACCUACCAGAGUGAUAUGUGAUGAAUAAGUAAGAGAGAACAAAUAACCGGUAUUGGGAUUGAUGUAACCAAUAUCCAGUUGAGUAUGGUUCUGUUUGUAACCAAGUAACUCAAUUUAUGCAGCAACUGGAAAUGAAAUCCUUACUAAUUACAA